AUGCUCACUGCGCUAGCAGAAGGAGGUUUGCAGUAUCUCAUGGCAGGAGCACGGUGCAACAUCGGGCUUAAGACUGGUCGCUACAUGUUCGAGGUGAAGAUCCUCGAAAAGAGCACCUUCCAUGAGGAUCCCACUGCGCGAUCCAGGAUGAUGGGGGCUCGAAGCGUUCUGCGGAUCGGUCUGUCCACUGCAAAGUCGUCCUUAAUCCUCGGCGAGACAGAGGACUCCGUCUGCUUCGACUCCGAGGGCUUCUUUCGAGACCGAAGGAAGGCCAGCCCAGUGUGCUCUUCCAAGUUUACCACUGGAGAUGUGGUGACUCUGGUGGCUAACCUGGAUCCCAACAGCAAGUUCGGCAACACGCUGAGCGUCUUCAAGGAUGGACAGAGGGUGGCACCGCCGCAGCAGAUCCCCGAGCAUCUGCAGGGAAAGGUGCUUUAUCCUGGUGUGAGCUUCAGGAACAUGGCUUUGCACUACAACUUUGGCGCCUCGUUGAUGCCCCUGCCCUUCAAGUGCCGCUUCCUGAAGGACGCGUCACAGAAGGACGUCAGCAUCAAAGCAGCCGUGAAACCUACGGAUGGCCAGUACGAGGUUAUCUUUCCCAUCGCAGUGCCGGACGAGGGCGGCUUUGACUGGCUUGACCAUUUCUUAGAGAGCCACCCGGGCUAUACCGAGCUCAGCGACCGGGCAAUGCUGUCCUGGUGCGAGCAGAGUGGCCUUAGCCGGCCCAAGGGCUAUGCCGCAACUUCACGUGCGUCCAAUGACAAGCCAGAGAUGGGCUUUGGAGUCUCAGCCCUCGACGAUGGAAGCAUGCGCCGAACCCUGCAGGCACUUGUGUCGAUUCAGCCACGGCAUUUCAUCGUGAUGGAGGUGAAGGCAGGGCUCUUGAAGGAGGAUCGGAGUGAUCUGGCCUUGCGAUGGGGUGGCUACCAGCGCAUCGCUACCGUUGUGGUUGGGGAACCCCCUGUUGCCUUCAAGGAGUACAGCCAGGAGAGAAUAUUCAAAGCCAAGCAGGAGGCCAAGCUGGCCGGAGCCAAAUCGAAAGGAACACCUGAGGAAGAGAUUCCUGCGGUGGAGCUCACAGCCGAGGAGAAGAAGCUGACCUUCAGACGCCUGCCUGUCAGCGACCUCACCGCCUACGUCCUGAACACCAACUUCCAGAAGUUCAGCCUCCCGGAUGAGCAGGAGACUUACUUCGAGGACAUCCAGUAUGUCUGGAGCCCCGAGAAGAAAGCAAAGCAACAUCUGGAAGAGUGGAUCCAGGUGAAGAAGCUCACCUCCCGCUUAGAAGAUCUACAACCGGGCGAAUGGUUCAGCACAAAGUGGAAGGAGUGGCAGAAGGUGGUACAGUCCUACCAGACCAAGCACAACAUCUACAAGGCUGCGGAGGCGAAGAAGAGUGCGCAGUUGGCUGCCAAGGAGCAGGCUGAGAAGGAUGGGACCGAGCUGCCUUUGGAGGCGCUGGCUGCGCUGGACGAGAGCGACAAGGUGGACUUCGACAGUCUCGAUGUCUUCGGCGUUGAGGAUGUCAUGGAUGUUGGUGGUGGGGAGCCCCUGUUCGCUGCCUUCACCUUUGAAGACUGGACUCUCAUGAGCUUGCGUUACGAGCUUCACCUGAUGGCUCACGCUUUCCGCCGCGACUCGCAUGACCCUGGUCGCAUCUCUGUGCCUGUUGAGCACCUUGCCUUCUAUUACCAGAAGUACUACAAAAAGGCUCUCAACAUCAAGUUCUUCGGAGUGGACAGCUGCGAGGAGCUUGUGAGCAUGGUCAGCGACACAGUGCUCAUCACGGGAAAGAGCAAGGUGCUCGAACCGCAGCUGCCCGAUGACUUAGAGUCAACGAACCUCUUCGUUAUGCUGACAGAGGAGAGCCGGAGGGACCGGAAUCGUCGGAUAGACAUGGGCGAUGACUCCGCCAAGCUGAAGAUCGUGGCCUCUGGGCAGGCCACAGCAACUCCACAACCGCGGCCCUUUGCGACAACGCAGAUCAGACCGCAGUGGCCGCAGCAGCAGCCGACUUCGUAUCAGACGCGGCCCAUAUCACCCUUCGGGCAGCCGCGGCCAACAUACCAGCCCUGGGAGGGCGACGGCUACAAAGGCGGUGGAUACAAAGGUGGAUGGCGGAACUGGUGA